AUGUGGGCUGAUGUUCCGAUGGGGCCACCGGAUGCCAUCCUUGGCAUUACUGAGGCAUUUAAACGUGACACUAAUCCCAAGAAGGUGAACUUGGGUGUCGGAGCAUAUCGUGAUGACGACUGCAAACCGUGGGUUUUGCCGUCUGUCCGUAAAGCUGAGCUCCGCAUUGUAGAAAAGAAUCUGGAUAAAGAGUAUCAGCCAAUCACUGGCAACGCCGUCUUUUCCCGACUUGCCAUCGAAUUUGCUCUGGGACCGAACUGCAAAGCUCUGAAAGAAGAAAGGAACUGCACCAGCCAAUGUCUCUCUGGCACUGGUUCUCUGAGGAUCGGCGCCGCUUUUCUUGGCCGGUUCACCAAGCACAAGGACGUGUGGAUGCCUAAGCCAACUUGGGCCAACCACAUUCCUGUCUUUAAGGAUUCUGGAAUGAAUGUGAACUUCUAUCGUUACUAUGAUCCAUCAACCUGUGGCUUCGAUUCUGCUGGUUGUUUCGAGGACCUUUCCAAGAUACCCGAAGGCCACACCGUCCUUCUCCAUGCCUGCGCGCACAAUCCCACUGGUGUCGAUCCCUCCAUGGAGCAAUGGAAACGCAUUGGAGAGAUCAUUAAGACCAGAAAAAUCAUCCCCUUCUUCGAUAUGGCCUAUCAGGGAUUCGCCUCCGGCGAUCCGGACCGCGAUGCGGCGGCUCUGCGCUAUUUCGUUGACGAAUUGGGUGUGCCCACCGUCCUAUUGGCCCAAAGCUUUGCCAAGAAUAUGGGCCUCUAUGGCGAGCGUGUUGGCGCCUUCACUAUGAUUUGCAGUUCCAAAGAGGAAGCCGCUCGCUGCAUGUCUCAAAUUAAGAUUCUUAUUCGUCCAAUGAUCAGCAACCCGCCCUUGCAUGGUGCUCGCAUUGCCGCUGAAAUUUUGGGUGACCAGGAACUUCGCAACAGUUGGCUUUCUGAUGUCAAACUGAUGGCCAACCGAAUCAUUAGCAUGCGCACGGAGCUUAGGAAUAAGUUGAAGGCAGAGGGCUCGACUCGCAACUGGCAACACAUCACAGAUCAGAUCGGCAUGUUCUGCUACACUGGUUUGACUCCAGAACAGGUUGAACGCCUGACGAAGGAGUUCUCAAUUUACCUCACGAAGGACGGACGUAUUAGUGUCGCUGGAAUCACAACCAAGAAUGUCGGUUACCUUGCGCAUGCCAUGCACGAAGUGACCAAGUAG